UCGAUUUGUUUUGGUUUAUGUAGACUGCGUUUUGUCACGGGGAGCCGAGGUCCACCGCGGUACUCUAACCUUACCGUUACACAUCUUUGACCCAUUGCCAAACCCUCCAAAAACCCCUCCUCCGAGGUCUGUGUUUCGCCACCCCUUUUUUCAGGGCCGCCGCCUGCCUCGUACCUUCGUUAUCGGACCUCUGGAGCUGGCCUGCUAGUUAGCAAACAAGCUAACGACUGCCAGAUUUCACCCAUGUCCUCUGAAGACGGGUUGAGCUCAACGAUCACGGAUUGGCUUUUCAUCAAUUCCUGGUGGCUCCUCCUGCCAUUUAUCAUGCUUCUUGUAGUUGCUGCCUUCAUUGUUGCCUUUGUGUUGCUGUUAUACAUGAUAUCGCCUCUUAUUAGUCCCAAACCUCUGAAACUGAACGGGGCCCACGUCGUGGUGACAGGAGGCUCGAGUGGGAUUGGGAAAUGCAUUGCGGUUGAGUGCUACAGGCAAGGAGCAUUCAUCACUUUGGUGGCACGAGAUGAGGCUAAACUGCUUCAGGCCAAGAAAGAGGUAGAGAAAUUUGCCAUCAAUGACAAGCAGGUGGUGCUCUGCAUAUCAGUGGAUGUCUCCAGUGAUUACAGUCAGGUGGAAAGUGUGAUAAAACAGGCUCAAGAGAAGCUGGGGCCUGUUGAUAUGCUUGUGAACUGCGCUGGGGUGUCCAUUUCUGGAAAGUUUGAGGAAGUGGAGGUGGAUCGUUUUAAAAAACUGAUGGAAGUGAACUACCUGGGCAGCGUUUAUCCAACACGGGCCGUCAUAACCACCAUGAAGGAGCGAAGAAUGGGCCGCAUCAUGUUCGUGUCCUCCCAAGCAGGCCAGAUCGGUCUGUUUGGAUACACUGCCUACUCCCCAUCCAAGUUUGCACUGCGUGGCUUAGCAGAGUCGCUGCAGAUGGAGAUAAAGCCGUACAAUAUCUAUGUGACUGUGGCCUAUCCCCCUGACACUGACACUCCAGGAUUGGCUGAGGAAAAUAAGACAAAGCCUCUAGAGACCAAAUUAAUCUCUGAAACAUCUGGAGUUUGUCAACCAGACCAAGUGGCCAAAAUUGUUGUGCGAGAUGCAGUGCAGGGGAACUUCAACAGCUCCGUGGGACCUGAUGGUUACAUGCUGUCAGCCCUCACCUGUGGAAUGUCACCUGUCACCUCUAUCACAGAAGGUCUCCAGCAGAUUGUUACCAUGGGAUUAUUUCGGACCAUCGCCCUCUUCUACCUGGGGAGUUUUGACAGCAUUGUGCGCCGCUGCAUGAUUCAGAGGGAGCAGUUAAAAGCAGCUGACAAGAGGGAGUAACUGAAGCCUUACCUACUUCACAGCCCAGUGCCCCUCAUCCUCCUACACACCCCCCAUCCCAUGCCCUCUUCCAGCUGUAAAAGUGCACAACCAUAGGUGGGAAAAAGGCCAAGAUUUGAGAGCAUUUCUGAUAUCAACCUAACAGACAGGAUGAAAGAAAAUGGCAGUUGUUUACUCUUUGCUGGUCCAGUGACAUAACUCCUCCAUAGACUUCACAGCCAUUUCAAUUUUUAUAUCCUUUCAGAGCAUUCCAGUGACUUUUCAGUUUAAUGUGUCCACCUGCUUCUUUUUGAGGAAGCAGCUUUACUUUAGGGUAAUGAAGGCAAACUAAACAUCCCACAGCCUGGUUUUAAGAGUAGGUAGGCUUUGUGAACCACUUACAUUUUAGAUAACAUGCCCCCCCCCCACAGAGUGGAAAAGCAACAGAUAGCCUGUCUAACCAGUUGUGCCAAAUACGGCUUGAAAUUCCUUCCCACCAGGGGCUAUAGUGAAAACGAGAAUGGUAACUCUCACGUUUUGCCAUAUUGUUGCAUGUAUUACAAAACUAAGUCCACCUUGUAAGAAUUUUACUGUUUUCACUAAACAAGUCCCUCCUCCUCUACCUUUUCGUACCACAAGUCUUUGCAGGCAAAGCACCUUCCUUUUUGACUGAAUAACCUCUGUGUUUGAAACCAGUUGUGACCCUCAGCGUUUUGUUUAUGCUGUGGGAUGUUUUGUUUUUGUGUUGUGUGUGUGUGAACCAAAACAGGAAGAGAUACAACAAUACUCUUCGAUGAUAUCAGAGGUUGAGAGAGAGCGUGUGGUUUGUUUUUUUUUUGUUUGUUUUUUUUUAACUUAUGCAAAAACAUAAUUUCCAGAAAAUAAUAUUCAAAAAUUGUAGACACAGUUUCGGGCAAAGAAUUUUGGGUGAAUUGUUUGCAUGACUGCGCGUGUGUUCAUGUUUGCUGUGACUGAGCCAACCCUAGGGAGAGAAAAGCCAUUAGACUUGUCUCGGGAAUAAACACACCAAAUUAUUUUCUCAUCAUCCCAGCAUAUUUCAUUGAGAAAGGAAAGCAGGUACUAUGGGUUGAAGCCAUGAAGUUAAAUGAUGGGGAAAAACAUCAGGUCACUUUUCAACUGUGCAUUUGAGUACACCUGUUCAAGUUCAGUACACUUUUUUCCUUAAAUGUGUUUACAUGCAGUUUUGUGUGACUGUGCACAUAUUCAGCCAGCCCCAGUCAAGAUCCAAGUGGGAUCCAUGAUCUGUAGGGGUGGUGUAAGUCAGGGCAGGGCAAGACUCGCUGGUUCAAGUCAUGUCCCUGUAGGUCUAGUGAGGGCGCUGGAGAUUUGUUUUACAUGAAGGCCAAAGUAGUAGAGGGACUAGCAUGGAAGUGUGAUCCUUGUCCUUCUGAUUUUGACCUGCUGUCACUCUGUCAUGCACAGCUGGGACUUUGUAACUCCCUAAAUAACGAUAUCGAUUCCCUCCUGAUUUCUGUCAACCCUUGGAAAAUCUUGUAUUUACCAUAUGACCUUCUUAUUAUUUUGCAUAUAGAAGGAGAAAAAGUACAGUGUCAACUCUCGCAAGUCUUCCUUUUGUCCAUCACAAACAGGGAGAAUGUACUUUAAUACAAAGCAUACAAAUCAGAACAUAGAAAUAUUAUUUUUAAAUACACUAAUAUUUGAAUGCCAAAAUGUGUUAAGACAAUUUCUGUAGAUGCAAUGCAUUUAUUUGAGAAUUAUUUCAAUGUUGCUGCUCUGUUGAUCUUAGAGUUAGUUUGUAAAAGAUGUGGAGCAGUAUGGGGACCCAUUCUAAGCCUUAAGACGUGACUACUGGUGAAGCUAAUGCUAUAAGAAUGGACCUGUCUGCAGAACAAUGUGGCUUAAGCCACAUGUGGUUCAUUUAAUAUGACUUUUCAGUGGAAAAUGCCAACUGUUUUUGUGUAUCUUGUCAAUUUCCAGUCUUUGUAUGAUAAAAAGAAGCCUUACUGAAAUCCAAGAUAUGACAGUGAGAAUGGAUGACUUAUGUUUGAUGAUGUUCUCAUUUGACAUUGGUUAAAGGCAUACUGUCCUGCACUCAGCAGCUUUUCAUAAUUGUACAUUUAUUGCUUUCAGAAGUUCUCUCUUACCUUGAGGUAGCAACACAUAGUUGAUAGAAAAUGUAGCCCAUAUAAAAGAAUUUUUGUUUUAACACUUUUAAGCUAUGCAAAUGAAGCCUAUGCUUACAAUAAGUUUAAGUCAAGAUUUAAGUUCUGUAAGUCACUAAUUUC